ACUUCCCGCGUCGCACAUGCGUUUUCGCUCCCUUUUGUGGACCGCAGCUGCCUCGUAGUAGAUCAGUGAUCCGCCGCUUCACCUUGUGCUCCUCCAAUCAAACUGAAGAGCAUUGGAGUCCGAUACAGUCUUCCUUUUGAAUAUUGAUCUUGGCCCCCUCGCCUUCGUUCCACGUGGCAAGCCCGUAGCUCGCACUCUUGCGGCCCCCCAACCCGUGCGACAAGAAACGCAGACUUGAAACCUCGAAGGUUGUCCUCCUUUCACCCGCCCUCCUUCGCUGGCCCAGGUUGUUGUUACCGCUGCAAUGACACGACCUGGGCCAGCAGAAGAGACACCGUCACGCCUCCGUGAAUCCUCAAGAAGGGUUAGCCGGGGUUCGCCGAACAAAAACCUCCCAGUCAAAGCCAAGGCAGAAUAUGCCAGCAAGAAUUUGUUGAUGUCAACAGAAGAGGAUCGUACAAGCAAUGCGUCCACUGCGGACAAGCAUGACUCCGACUUCUCUUCUGGUGGCAGCCAGCACAGUGACGGGGAAAUGCCUCGAGGCGAUUACCGUGGGGAUGAGAUAGACGCAGCUUCCUCGUUAGCCACCAUAAUACUCGCAGGAAAUGGGAGCAAGAAGCGAGGCAGCUCUUCCAUCAUGUUUUCACCUAAGGAUAGUCAGCACGACUCAGACGCUGAUCCAGUCUCGGUCAAGAAACAGCGCCGCAGGGAGAAGAACCGUGCUUCAGCUCAGCAAUCCAGGCAGCGCAAGAAACAUCAUCUUGAGACCCUGGAGUGUCGAGUCGAUGUUCUUGAACAGGAGAAGGCUGCUCUUGCUUUGAGGCUUGAAAGCCUGUUGGCAGAGAAUAAGAAACUUCGCGGUCAGUUGGCUUUAGCAACUGACAGCGACCC